AUGUAUCUACGCUUCCCCAUAAAUUGGGCGAAAAUCGAAUGCAAUCUUUGUUCGUCGUCAGAUGAGACGAUGGUUGAAGGAAAAGGUAGCCAAAAAUAA